GCGUCUCAAUAGUGCCAAACAGUGUCUCAACAGUGCCAAACAGUGCCUCAACAGUGUACUCUACAGUAAAGUCAAAUUUCUUUCCUUAUUUUGAGUGAAGUCAAAGUGUGAAGAUUAAAUAAAACCGGAGGGAGUAUUAAACAGACUCAAAUUUCAUCUUUUUACGUUAGAAAAGUUGUGUCAAAUUAUCACUUAUCGGUAUCAAUAAUGUUUAUAUAUUUCAAUAUUUGUAUCUAAUUAAAUAAUACCUAUUCCGUAGUAACCAGUCAUUUACCUUUUGUAUAAUUUUAGCGAUAACUAAAAUAAAACGAAAAAGUCAAUUAGGUCUACUUUAAAAAAAAUCAAUCAAAUCCCGAACUUUGUAAAAACGUUCAAUUGUGUCCAUUUGCAGGUUACUUACCGUGUCAGCAGAUCAUUUGAUGACGUGACGCACACGUGGACCGCCACGUGUGCACCGUGCCAUCAUCAAAUGGGUGAUUGGACUUCCACAUGUGUGUCACGUCAUCAAAGUCACUGCUGAUUGGACUGUCACGUGUGUGCCAGUCAGUGGAUGAAGUACUGACAUGACAAGUAACCUGCAAAUGCACACAAUUGAAUGUAUAGUUGAUUUAUUUAGCUAAUAAUCUAAAAUGUAAUCAUUAUUUUAAUUUAGGCAUCUCAAAUGGGAGUGACAAGCGUGUUGGUAACCGAUGGCAUAAAUCUUAAAGCUCUAUAUGAAGGAGUCUCAGCAUUCCAUCAACGCCAUAUUCUACCUCCACAACAUGCAUUUAUGAUACCCCAUCACCAUCCUAGCCGAAUCGCGCCUCCCGCCCAACCUCAACUUCAUGGGUAUUGCAACAUGCCACAUAUUGUGCAACCUCGCCCAGAAGGAUGUUGCAACAUUCCAUGCAUGCAUUUCAAAAUGAUGUCAUUAUGUCGCUAUCGUCACCAUCACCGUCACCAUAACAAUCGCCAUAGGCACAUUUAGCCAUGUUUCAAGUUGACUUGUUCUGAACACAAUUGGCAGAAAGAAGUAAGGGCGGGAGUUUGG